CAAAACUCUAUAAAUAUAGCUCAGCUAAGAUUACAUUCUCACCAAGCAAAAACUCAAAACUUCACAUCUUUAGGAGUAGCAUCAAUAUUCAAGAUGGUUCUCCAAACUCAACUUGGGUUGAACAAGCACCAAUCCUACGCUCACGAGCAAAACUGCUAUUCCGACAGUAGCCAUGGCAGCUCUAUGCAACUGACAAGGCCUUCGGGCUAUUCCACCAUGCCAUAUGGUCAGUCCACUCACAAUCACAUGAUGAUGGGUCAUGGUGGCCAACACCAUGGCGGACACUAUGGCGGUCAUGGCCAUGGCCAUGGACAUGGCGGACAUUAUGGUAGUCAGGGGCCGCAUAUGCCCCAUGACUCCACCAACUUUUCAAGCAACACCAGUAUGGUCCAUAGUGAUGGUGGCUAUGGCAGUGGAAUGCAACAAUCUGCCCAUAUGUCCUCAGCCACGGGCAUGGGGUCACCGAAUUAUCACGGUCAUGGUUAUGGUGGCAGCCACCCUAGUCAGUACAGCCAGAGCCAGAAGUUCAACUGGGCUCUUAAGGAUUUGGAGGAAUAAAUUUACAACAAAUUUGAUGCUAUCAUGUAUGUGUGUGUUUUGGUAGUGGAUUUGGCUAUUUAUAUAGCGCAAAGAACUACUACCUAAAUAAGUAAUGUACUAAACAAUCUGCUGCUUUGCUUGAUUAUCAUUACUAAAAUGAUGAAUAAUUAUAAGUAUGUUUAUAACUGAAA